AUGUCCAGAAGGCCGCCACCAUCCAGCAGCUCCGUUCUGCCUCAACAGAACCAGAACCGCCAGAACGAGUAUUUCGUACCAAGAGACGGCAUCGAUCGCGAAGUAAUUACCGCCGACAUUUGCCGUUAUCUUGGUAACGAUGCUCUAGUACGGCCUGGCAACUACGAGAACCCGCAAACUGGACAAAUAAUACAAGGCUACUACAUCAAUGCCUACCGCAAUCUAACAACAGCAAUGAUCGAAGACUUGAAAGCCGAUUCUGCGCGAUGGGAACAAGAAAGGCGGCAUCAAUCGGCGAGUCGUAAUAACACCGCCGGAGGUACUAUUGCCUCGAGAGACUCGAACGUCGUGUUUAUCAAAUCCUCUAACUCCCCUGCAGUCCAGUACCGCAACUCGGAUACACAUCAGUCGCGCCAGUACUAUGGACCAACAGAGAUCACAUCCGCGGAUACAAGCAGGGAUCCUUAUGGUGAUUCUACGCCGAGAUACCCAGGCACUGGUACCCAAGGUUAUACAGGAGCCGCUGGCUUUUCUGGUGCCCAACAAUAUGCAAAUCAGAGUGGGUAUGUUGCCCAGGCAGGGUACACCACCCAGCCAUCGCAGUUCGCAGCGCAAGCUGCAAAUGUGUCUUCUUUUGCACCGGGACAUCCCAUGACAGGAUCAGGAUUUGGCCAGGCCGGCCAGGAGCCCCCUUACCAGGUUGUUGGUGCUCAUUCCGCUGUACGGGCGGCGGACCCGUAUAGCAAUGACUCGUAUGCCUCGAGGGACUCGAGGGACCCAAGGGGAGACCCGAGAGAUCACAGAGAUCCCAGAGUGCCCGUGACUACCAUGUCAUCCAGUAGGACUACUUAUACCACUGCAGGUCCUUCGGCGGGGACGCAGGGUUAUCCAGCCUCGGGAUCCAGCAGCUACUACCCCCAGAGCUCUUCGACGUCCAACCCUCAAUUCGGAGCUGGCGCCCAGCCCAUGGAUGCGUUCUACGGACGUGGUGCGUACACUAAAAGUCCUCUUCUUCCGUCUAACGGCUUUUUCUGA